AUGUCAGGAGCUAUCUUUGGACCCCUGGAGGGCUUGGGUGCCCUGGACACCAACGGCCACCCACUCAUGUGCCCACUGUGCCACACAAAGUUCGAGCGCCCAUGCCUUCUGGACUGCUUUCAUGGCUUCUGCGCUGACUGCCUGCAUGGCCGUGCCAUCAACAGCUGCCUCACCUGCCCACUGUGCCAACACCAGACGGUGGUGAAGGGCCCCAGUGGGCUUCCUCCAGUGGACCGGCUGCUUCAGUCUGGAGAUGGCCUGGAGGUGGUGCACUGUGCCAACUGCGACCUAGAGUGCACCAAGCAGGACGCGGAGACCACGUACUUCUGCAACACGUGCGGGCAGGCGCUGUGCGCUCGCUGCCGCGACGAGACGCACCGGGGGCGCAUGUUCGCGCGCCACGACGUCGUGGCCCUGGGCCAGCGGCCCCGCGAUGUGCUCCAGAAGUGCGCGCUGCACGCCGAGCCGUACAUCAUGUUUUCCACCGACAAGUAGUCGUUGCUGUGUAUCCGCUGCUUCCGGGACAUGCAGGGGGAAAGCAGGGUCCAGUGCGUGGACCUCGAAUCAGCCUACGUCCAGGGCUGCCAGCGUUUGGAGCAGGCGAUGCUGGCGGUGAAGGCCCUACAGAUGUCCACGCGGGAGGCCAUCGCGCUGCUGCCCGUGGCGGAGGAGAUGCGACGCAGUGCAGCGGAUGAGCUAAUAGAGAGGCUGCAGGGUAUCGUUACCCGGCCACAUCGACUUCGUCCAGUGCAGAGCAGCAAGAUCACCAGCGACCACCGGGCUGAGUUAGCGAGCUGUCUGGAACCGCUGCUGCUGCUGGGGCCGCACCAGGCUACAGUUGCUGGGGGCGGCGGCAGCACUAGAGCAGCUGUGGACCUUCCUGCCCACCCACCACCCACCCCCGGGAUGGGAUGGAACUGCAGGUGGGAGCCACCCUUACUAGCGCGCAGAACUUCUGGUCGCCCCUGGCCAAGCAGCGGGAUGAGUCCGCCAGCCAGGAAGUACUGUUUCUUUUUUUUUUUUUUUGCCUCCAGGGUUAUUGCUGCGGCUCAGUGCCUGCACCAUGAAUCCACUGCCUGGCCUGGAAGUCAUUCCUGCACAGACUCAUGGCUGUGCAGUACAGCCUGUGGGGAUUGCAGAUGCUUACUCGGCCUCUGUGGGAAGCGCCUGCAGGCUGAGAUGCAGAACCUAAAGGACCAGUUGCAGGAGUUACACCGGGACCUCACCAAGCACCACUCACUCAUCAAGGCUGAGAUCAUGGGAGACAUCCUGCACAAGGCCGUGCAGGUGGAUGCUCAGAUUUCCUUGGAGUUUGCAUGUGUGGAGGGGUACUUCCAGGAGAGCUGGGAGAAAUCCUACCAGCGAGUGGCUAAUGAGCAGGAGAUGAAGGUCUUGGGCUAUUGCUCCCAACUCCACAACCUUUUCCAGCUGAAGCAGGAGAAUGCCUACCUGACCACCAUCACUAAGCAGAUCACUCCCUAUGUCCACUCCAUUGCCAAGGUCAAGGAACGGCUAGAGCCCAGGUUUCAGAUACCUGGAGAGGAACAGCCAGAACAUCUACAAAGCAUAUAUGAGGACAAAGCUCACACUAAAUGUUCCUUCAGGAAUGAUCAAGUAAAGGUCCCAGAAAAGAGAGAGAAGACAUCUGAGCCCAGAGGAACCAGCUGGGCUCCAAGCAGCCUUACAGAAGAGCCACUGAAAACUAAAGAUCACAGACCCAAACAGAAAAAUGGGGGCGAUCAUAACUGCACUGAAGGCUUUCACACCGAGACCAAGUUCCUGUCUACUCAAGGAAUGAACAAGGCUCCUAGGUUUUAUGUUUGA